AUGGCUAGGAAGUUGAGUGGGUUGCAAAGGGAAGUUAUACAUCUGUACAGAAGUGCGGUUAGAGUAGCUCAUACCAAACCGGUGGAGAACCAACCACACUUCCUGCAGUUUAUACACGCGGAGUUCAGCAAGUACCGGGACUUGCCUCGUAAGGAUUUCACCACGAUAGAGCAUCUGCUGCGCGUUGGCAACAGAAGGCUGAAGAUGUACUCUCAGCCCGAACUGAAAGAUAUACACUAA